AUGGGUAAAAUAACGAACAGGCGAUCGAGAACGCCAAAUUGGUCGCUCGAUGAGAAACAAUAUCUACUUGAGUUAAUAAAGGAACACAAGAAAGUGGUCGUUACGAAGAGCAAUAACGGUCCUAAUCAUUCUGAAGAGAAAGAUGUUGUGUGGAAUGAAAUACUGAGACAACUCACUGAAAAAUUUGGCACAAAAUUUUCUGGAUUUUCAAUUAAGAAAGUCAAGACGCAAUGGCAGAACAUGAAACGUAUAGCUCGUGAAGAAAUAACUCUUAAUGGUGCGGCGGUUCAGAAAUAUACUAGACAGUCUUUAGAAGUGUGCCAUAUAUUAGAUUUGAUAAAAGACGACAUUCUUAAAAAUGAAAAUGAACCAAUUAUUAAUACUGACAUUGAAAUUAAGAGCGAAAAUAUCGAUGAGGAUAUUGGCCAGCCAAGUUGUAGUGGUAUCAACACGCUCCGUGAAAAUCCACUUGAAAAACUGAAUGAUACGACAAUUCUAGAAUCUUCAGGGUCCUCCAUUUCAGAACAUGCAGAAGUCAAUGAUGCCGAAAAUUACGAAGAUAUGCGCGAUAAUAUAAAUAAAAAAAAGUCGACAUUCGAUAUGACUAAAAUUUCGUUUUUAGAAGACAUUCUAAACACAUUACCAUUCCACAAGGACCUUCAAGAAUUUUUAAAGUAUUCAAGUACAGAAAAGGAAAUAAAGAUGGAAUCUCUAAGAGAAGAGAGGCAGGUAGUAAGAGCCAUGAGAGAAACAGCGGAGUUAAAUAAGAUUAUAGCUGAACAAAAACUUAAGCAUAUCCUUUGGAUAAAGAAACAAGAAAUGGCGUAA